AUGCAGGGGAGUCAUCUCAGACAGUGUGCAUGCUGCCCUCCAGCAAAUCUGCACCGUCACAAUAAUGAUCAUUAUUAUAAUCAUGGUUACCCAGCAGAUCAAUGUGAGGCGCCUCAAUACCAACAACAGUCAUGGAAUCCCCCCUAUAAUAGGCUGCAACUUAAAGAUAUUACAAAUCCCCCCCAUGGAUCUGUGCCUCAGUGUGUGGCACCUGCCCGGGAUGUGAUGCACGAGGUCAGCAUGGAUCGCUCCCUCCAGGCUGAUACAGCCACAAGGGAGAUGAGGAGGACCAUCAGUUUGCCUGAGGAGUGUAGGAAUGUUUUCAUCACAUAUUCAGUGGACACAGCCAAAGAAAUUAUUCCUUUCACUAAAUUUCUGACUGAUCAGGGGUUCAAACCAGCAAUUGACAUCUUUGAUAAUCCAAUCCGUAGAAUGGGCAUCACCAAAUGGAUGGACAGAUUUUUGAAUGAUAAAGCAGUACUCAUCAUCGUGGUCAUCAGCCCCAAGUACAAGGAGGACGUGGAGGGAGAUGGAGACGACGAGCAUGGCCUGCACACCAAGUACAUUCACAAUCAGAUCCAAAAUGAGUUCAUUCAACAAGGCUGCCUGAACUUCAGACUGGUACCUGUGGUGUUUCCUAAUGCAUCCAAGGGACAUGUUCCCAGCUGGCUGCAGAGCACCAGGAUCUACCACUGGCCUCAGGACACGCAGGAUCUGCUGCUGCGCCUGCUCAGGGAGGAGCGCUACAUCAUCCCACAGCGGGGGGCUGACCUCACCCUCACUAUUCGGCCCCUCUGAGACAAGGACACAUGUGGAAAAUAAUUACUUGAUUUGGCAACGAAACAAACUGUAAAGAUAAUAUGAACAUAUUAUCCCUUUACAAAGUUGAUCAGUUGAUAACAAACAGUUCCCUAUUUAUUUCCAGCAGACACAGAGCAACAAUAGUAUUCAUUUUAAGUAGCGUUUCAGGCCAGCUGACAAAUUUAAGUUAAUUAUUCACUUUCCAUUUCAUUUUGUUUUAGGUUCCGUCUCUUUAGCUACUAAAUGCUCCACUAUGUUUCCACUAAGUCACUAUCUUUGUCCAAUUUGCUGGUUGGUUCUGGGUAGGUAGUUAAUGUCAGUCCAUUAAACUAAAACAAAGAGCUAAAAGAGGCUAAACUCUCCAUCGAGCUGAGAUGAGGUUAUAAUCAGGUGAUAAUUGUCAUUAUGAGCGACCUUUUUCACAUUCCACGCAGUCAUGUGGUCAUACAAUACAGUCAUACAAUAAACUCUACAAUAAACUCUACAAUAAACAUGUCUCUCUUUAAAGAGAGACAUGUUUAAUCAUGAAAUAAAAACUGUAAAAGUUAAAGUAGAAGACAUCAUAGGUGAGACACAUUAGUAAGAUUUUAUACAUAACAUUAAAAAGCCUUUUAGUUUUGCAGUUCCAGUUUAAGAUGUAAUGGUAAAAUAAGCAUUACAGACAGGUUUAAUUAUCUUCUUGAGAUUAUUAUUUAAUUUCAUUUUAUUAAUGCAUAAUUUGAAUUAAGAUUGCAUUAAUGAAUUCAUAAUACCGGUAUAUAUUAUUUUGUGAUGAACAGAUUUUAAUAAACACUCUCUCAGCUCCACAUAUACAUCUGUGAAUGUGUUGGUAGAGCCUCUGAUUGACCAGAAGGUGGCAGCAUGCCCCAAAUAAUGACUCCCAGUGUUGAUUAUUUCUUUAUUCAAUUUCCAUUUAAUUUUACUUUAUGUUAUUGAUAUUAUGUUUUCAUAUUUCUUUGGAAUAAAUUUCAUUGUUUU